AUGCACGCUCCAGUUCUCGUUCUCAGGGACUCGGUGAAACGAGAAUCGGGAGCGAAGGUACAUCAUGCAAACAUACAGGCAGCCAAGGCAGUUGCCGAUAUAAUCAGAACCACCUUAGGUCCUCGAUCCAUGUUGAAGAUGCUUCUCGACGCCAGCGGUGGUAUUGUUGUCACCAACGACGGGAAUGCCAUCCUCCGUGAGUUAGAUCUGGCUCACCCUGCUGCUAAAUCCAUGAUCGAAUUAAGUCGCACUCAAGACGAAGAAGUUGGUGAUGGAACUACCUCCGUCAUCGUUCUCGGAGGAGAGAUGCUUCAUGUUGCUGAAGCUUUCAUCGAGAAGAGCUAUCAUCCUACUGUCAUUUGCCGAGCCUACGGUAAAGCUUUGGAGGAUGCUAUUGCUGUGCUUGACAAAAUUGCUAUGUCCAUUGAUGCCAACGAUCGUCCGACAAUGUUAGGGCUGGUCAAGAGUUGCAUAGGUACAAAGUUCACUAGUCAAUUUGGCGACUUAAUUGCUGAUCUAGCAAUUGAUGCCACCUCAACAGUUGGUGUGGACCUUGGCCAAGGGUUGCGUGAAGUUGACAUAAAGAAGUACAUUAAGGUUGAGAAGGUCCCUGGUGGCCAGUUAGAAGACUCCAAAGUUCUUAAAGGGGUUAUGUUUAACAAAGAUGUAGUAGCCCCUGGAAAAAUGAAAAGAAAAAUCGUGAACCCACGGAUUAUUCUUCUUGAUUGCCCCGUUGAAUACAAGAAAGGAGAGAACCAGACAAAUGCGGAGCUGGUUAGAGAAGAAGACUGGGAAGUCCUCCUGAAAAUGGAGGAGGAGUACAUAGAGAAUAUGUGUGCAGCGAUUCUUAAGUUCAAACCUGAUUUGGUAAUCACAGAGAAAGGUCUCAGUGAUUUGGCAUGCCACUAUCUGAGCAAAGCUGGUGUUAGUGCAAUCAGGAGGCUGAGGAAGACUGAUAAUAACAGAAUUGCCAAGGCAUGUGGGGCCACUAUUGUGAACAGACCAGAUGAGUUGCAAGAGUCUGAUGUUGGUACAGGGGCUGGGCUAUUUGAGGUUAAGAAAAUUGGGGAUGAAUUCUUUGCUUUCAUUGUUGAUUGCAAAGAUCCAAAGGCUUGUACUGUUCUCUUGAGAGGUGCCAGCAAGGAUCUUUUGAAUGAAGUGGAAAGAAACUUGCAGGAUGCCAUGUCUGUAGCAAGAAAUAUACUCAAGAAUCCAAAACUCCUUCCUGGUGGGGGUGCUACAGAGUUAACUGUAUCUGCUGCUCUGAAGCAAAAAAGUUCAUCUAUUGAGGGCAUAGAAAAGUGGCCUUAUGAAGCUGCAGCAAUAGCUUUUGAGGCUAUACCAAGAACAUUGGCUCAGAAUUGUGGUGUGAAUGUGAUCCGAACCAUGACUGCUCUGCAAGGAAAGCAUGCAAAUGGUGAAAAUGCAUGGAUUGGCAUAGACGGGAACACUGGUGAAAUUACUGAUAUGAAAGAGAGGAAGAUAUGGGAUGCCUACAACGUCAAGGCACAAACCUUCAAAACAGCAAUCGAGGCUGCUUGCAUGCUUCUGAGGAUUGACGACAUUGUGAGUGGAAUCAAGAAGAAGCAGGCCCCUGGAGCCCAGGGUCCAUCCAAGCCUAAGAUCGAGACAGAAGCAGAUGCAGACGGCGAACAGAUACUGCCCGACUGA